AUGGAGCCGCCUGACACUAGAGUUCUCCUUUCCCCACCUGAGGAAACUCUGGCCCCGCCACUGCUAAAUGAGACCGUAGAACCUCCCUUGCCAAACCUAACACCGAGACAUCAAGAGCUUAUCCCUACGCCAUGCGGCCCUAUCAAGCCGUGGUCAGAGCUGUCCUCUCCCGUCAAGAUCUACUUCUGCGUCACCAUCCUCUCGCUGCUGAGCGUCGUCGGCUUAACUGUGGAGAACCUCGUCCAGCAGACUCACGAAGACUUCACCAUCUCUCUCAUUCAGCUCAUUGGUGUCGUCUUCUGCGUCUAUUACGUGAGCCGGGGAAUCCUACAGGAGAACCGCCAAGAGCUGAUUGUCUUCAUCCUCUCCAUCCUGCUGGUCAUGUUGCGUUCCAUCAUCAACUUCACGGUUCUCUCCUCUGAGCAAAAGCCACAGUUGAUCGCCCGCUUCGUGCUGAUCCUUCUGGUUGGCGCCUUUGACAUCAUCUGCGCCGUCGUCCUCAUCCAGAGCGAGAGCAUGAUGGCCUUCCGAGUGGGCGGGGCCUUGGAGAGUCUGCAGGCCCAGUACUUUAUGCUGAACCUCUGCUUUUCCAUGUUGACUUUCGACCUUCAGGCCCAGCUCUGCUUGUGUGUCCUGCUGCUCACAACCCUUCAAGAACUCUCUCUCCUCCACAUUAUCUUCCUGGUGGUCGGGAUUCUCUGGGCUUGCCUGAAAGUCACCUGCGGCAUCGUUGCUAUACUAAAAGAGUUAAAACUUUUCGCUUGGGUUUUCCUGAGUCAGAAUUUACCUGAAGUGGCUUAUCUCGCCUACCUGCUCUAUACAGUUAUCCGCGAGUGGGGCCAAGGGACUUCGUACGCGCUAGAAGCCGCCGUGGUCACCUGCUCCUGCAUCUCCGUGGCGAUUAAAAGCGUCCUGUUUUGGGCGCUGUUUCACGUCUACCACAGUUUCGGGCAAGGGUUGAGAGAAAGGAUGUUUUCUUCCUAUGGAAGGAUCGAUUCCUGA